AUGCCUAAACAAUCUGAUAUAGUGCUUCAAGAGUCUGAAGAAUUGAUAAAAAAUAUUCAUAGCUGGCUAGUUGGAUUACAGUUUUUCAUGGAUACAUCUGAAUUUUCACGCAAGUUUAUACCAAGCGCUAAACAAAAAGCCGAAGAAUUGAGAGCAGAGAUUGAUAAAUUGAAUAACACCUUUUUGAAUUAUGUUGAAGAGCGUAGAUCAGAGAUUGAUAAUACUAGUCCGGAGGAAUUGUUAACACCUGAUAUUUUAACAAUGUUGUUGACAGUUAAUACAUCUCGUGAUAUUACUUCAAAUAUCAGAGAUGAUCAACAUACAAGACCAUUAACUGAUGAUGAAAUUCGUGGUAAUUUACUGGAAGUAAUUGGAGCUGGUAUUGAUACUCGUUUUAUUAAUGCAACAUUCUGA